GUGUUUGUGUGUGGGGGGCAUUUUUCCUGUAAAACAAAGGGGGGCCUAGCAAAAUAAGUUUGGGAGCCACUGACUUAGAGAGUUCCUGAGUUUGACAGCCUGAACUCUUCCACCUGCGGCAGAUACGCAGGAAGGUGAGCUUGUUUCCUGUCUCUUUCUCGUGGCGCAGCUCUGGGGUCUCUCCAUCAUCACCUCCGCACUCAGCAGCCUCGUUAAACUGAACCACAACUCAAACCGUGUGGAAGAAGUGGGAGAGGAAUGGGCUCUGAGUCGGGUGUUUGUGUUGUGACCGUAUGCAUGGAGCUGCAGACAAACACAGCAUUUCGAUUGGCUGCUUUUCCCUAAAGUCCGCACAGCUGACUGAGAGGUGCACAGGUCUGUGUGAACUUCAGAGCCGAAGGGGAAACCUGCAGUCUGAGCUCGUGUGUUCACAGGUGUCCCAACCGCGAUACUAAAUGAAUUAUUAAUAAUUGCAUUAAGUCUGAUUCAGAGUCUCAUCUGUCACCUUAUAAGAAUGAAUCUCCUGUCAGUGUAGCAAAGGCAUCGCGCCUCUAUUUUGAAAGGCUGCCAAAACCAGUCCAAACAGUGUGAAUAACAAGGCUGGACAGAUGUUAACGAUGGAUGAUUUUAAAUGAUCACCCCAUGAAUCAGCACAGCUGCCAAACACUUGUCACUUUGCACAAACAGGGUCAUUCACAAUUAACAGCCGCCUCACAGUCGGGGUCAUGCAGCCAUGUUGAAUUUUGUUUCAUCAGCAGGCUGAUUAGAAGAGCAGAUGUGCAGAUGUUGGUACCUGUGAAAUGAAAUGUUCCGCUUCUCUCUUAGAAAAACUGCAGAUUUAAGUUUCACAUCUUAGACCCCGAGGUUACGUCCACCUUUUAACUACAGUCUGUGUGUGUGUGUCUGUGUGAGUCACUGGUGCUGCUUCACAAACGUCACAGCUUUGUGUCUUUGCUGAUGUGAAGUGAGUGUUUGUACUGCUUCUACCAGGAGGAGGUGAAGCUCGGCGGAGCGCCCAUGUCGCUGUCAGCUGACCUGAGCUGCCUGCAGGGCAGCAGAGGCGCCGAGCGCGAGGUGGCGCUGACCACGCUGGAGAAACAGCUGAUCUGCCCCAUCUGCCUGGAGAUCUUCAACAAACCCGUCGUCAUCCUGCCGUGCGAGCACAACCUGUGCAGGAAGUGUGCCAACGAGCUCUACCAGCCGUCUCUGUUCCACGCUCGGACCACCAUGUCGGUGAACAGCGGCCGUUUCCGCUGUCCGUCCUGCAGACAAGAAGUGCUGCUGGACCGCCACGGCGUCUACGGCCUUCAGCGAAACCUGCUGGUGGAGAACAUCAUCGACAUCUACAAAGAGGAAAUCAACAGCACCAGGCCCCUCCCUCCGCCUUCACCUCCUGCUCAUUCAACAUGCUCCGACCAUGAGGGAGAAAAGGUGAACAUCUACUGCCUCACCUGUCAGGUUCCCACCUGCUCGCUCUGCAAAGUCUUCGGGGCCCAUCAGUCCUGCGAGGUGGCUCCUCUGAGCGCCAUCUACCAGCAGCAGAAGGACCAGCUGCGCGAAGGCGUCGCCUCUCUGAGGGCGUUCAGCGACAAAGUCCAGACUGUGAUCAAUGAGCUGGAGGAGACCUGCAGACACAUAGAGGAGAACUGCAGCAUUCAGAAACAGAGCGUGUGCGAGAAGUUCAACCGCAUGUUCUCCAUCCUGGAGGAAAGACAGAAGGCGAUGGCACAGCGAAUCAGCUCUGAGCAAGAGGAGAAGACGGGCCACGCGCGGGCGCUGGUGCGUUGCCAUGAUGACAGCAUGGCAGCCAACAGCAGGCUGGCGGAGAGCGCCGCGAGCAGCAUGGAAGAGCCCAACAUGGCCGCCUUUGUUCAGAGUUCAGCAGAGAUGAUCACAAAGGUGAAGGCAGCGAGUGCCUCGGGUCCGUCCGAGACGCUGAGACCAGGUUACGAGCGCCUGAGUCGUUACAGGUUUAACUUCAGCGAGCAGGAGAGGGCGCUGAAGAGCAUCGACUUCAUCAAAGCAUCAUGGUUUUGUGAUAUCUCUCCAGUCGUGAAGGAUGUUCCUGAAGAACCAGAGCCAAAAGAACCCAAAGAUUCUUUGAUCCAGAACACAGAACCAAACGGCAACCAGCAGGCCGCAGAGGAGGUUUCAGAGCAGGAGACUCCUGAGCUGGACUCGGGUCAUAUCACGGAGGGAGAGGAGGAAGCCGCCGCCGAGCUAGCUAAAGAGGGCGGCGAACGGCAGGAGGGAAUGAGCACACAGCAGGCUGUCACACUGUUCUUCUACCUGCUCGCCCUCCUGGUCAUCCUGCAGAGGGCGUGGGCUUACGUCGGCUGCUUUAUUUGCACAUAAACGCCACACGGAGCCGCACGCACAUCACUGCCGCACAGCUCAGGCUGCAGGAGACUCGUACUGCUCACGCUCACCUCCACCUGCUGUCCCUCCAGGAGGGAGACCCACGGCCCCCGCAUCGCUGCCUCCACUUCCUCCACUUCCUCCUCAUCUGCCCAGUUUUUCUCCUGGCUGAGCCCCACCCACAACAAGAGUUAGGCGGUGGGUGGAUGGUUGGGGGGGGAUUCCUCUGAGAGAUGUUUGGUUGUUUGGGCUCUUAUUUUGAAAUUGUGCCUGAGAAAUUACAUUUUUGGGCUCGUUUUUGUAGAAAGUGUGGCAGACGAUCGCUGACCUGACAGGAAGUGAAAGCAGAGAAAUAACGAGGUUCACAGGCCGAGGAGGCGUGAUACAUUUAUGUGCGUGUGUCGUGAUGAUGAUGAUGAUGAUGCUUCUCACAUAUUCAUUGUUGAUUUUUAAAUAAUAAUUUUUCUGAUGCUGAUUUUGUUUCAUGACUGACUCAUUCAGUCUUUGGACACUUUGAGUUUCUGCGUGUUUUGUCGGUGAUGCCUGAGAUUAGGGGAAUCAUAUUUACAUAUAAUUGUUACACUAUAAGUUUUGGCCGUCUCACCAUGUUUUGGUCUCCCAGGUGUAACAUUUUUUAAUAAUUUAUGUUUUUGCUGGAGAAGUGCAACGUUUUUGUCAACACCAUCAGACACAAAGAAAUGCAAAAUAUAUAUUUUAAAUGAAGUGUUUCAGCUAGUUUGACUUUUAGCAGCUUCUCUGUUCUACUGUUUAUGCUUUCAAACUAAUUAUACCACAUUUAAAAGUAAGAUUGUUUGGCUUUUUGUUAUUAGAGUUACAGUCGUACAUAUUUUCAGAAGCUUGUAUUUAAUCUCUAUAAGAAACAAUCAUAUUUAGCAGCAUGAAAAUUACACAUUUAUUGAGAAAAUUAACUUUUUUUAUUGGAAUAUCAUGAGGGAGCAAAACAUAUGGUUCUUCAAAAGGGAAAAAUAAACAAAAACCCAGAAUUUUGGAGUUGAUAAGGUGUUGACGGUGGCAGCGUUGGGAAGGUUACUUUUCAAAUGUAUUCCACUACAGAUUACAGAUUACAUGCCCUGUGGCUGUGACGCAGUUUUAUCACAAAGUUGUGCCAUAAAUGAAAUUAAAACAAAAAAACUCACCAUGGCAUGUGUAUCGAACAGGAAGUGGUAAAGGGGUCCUCAGAGUGUAAGCUGCCCACAAUCAUUCCUGAUUUUUUUGUACUUUUUUAAAAAUCUGAUGGUGUUGACAAAAACUCUGGACACGAUUUUAAUCACUUAAAAUAUG